AUGUAUUUCUCGAUUCCUAAGAAUUUGGACUUUUCGGUCAUCCUCCCGAUUCUCUUGCUUCUUUUUGUUAGCGAUGUCUUGGGGCACGGUCGUAUGCUAGAUCCACAGAUUAGAAUUCCUCCAGGAGAUCAAAAUAAUGGAUUCACUCUCUCAAACGGUCCAACCAGAGUUGAACCUUGUGCCGGAAAUCCGCAAGGUCCUGUGUUGAGCAACUUUCAAUCUGGUCAAGUCAUCCCAAUCAAGUGGAAGAUUACCGCUGCUCAUAAAGGCAAUUGUAGUCUUCAGCUUUCCACAAAUGGCCAAGACUCGAACUUUCAAGAACUCAAAUUCUUUCCUAAUUGCGCGGAUACCACCGGUGAUUUCUCCGACACUGUGAAAUUACCUGACGGUGUUUCAUGCCAACAUGGUACCAUUCGUUGGGUAUGGAAUGCACUACUUACCAAUGAAUUAUACUUAGACUGCGCCGAUGUCAGUAUUGGUAAUGGUGGUAAUAGUGGUGAUACCACACCUGUAACAACGUCGGCAGCAUCGGUAACGUCCGCGCCUACAACGACAUUACUGACAGCUACAUCAUCGGCCACCGCAACUCCAGGGAUAGUCGGAAAGAGACAAGAAUCCGACAGAAGGAAAAUGAAGAUGAUCAGAAUGAAACGGAGAAAACCAUAG